UACCAGGCUACCAGUGAAGGGAUAUCCAGCACACCAAUACCACAUGGGAAACACUGCACUAUCCACCACAGAGGCAGAGAAAGACCUGGGAGUGUAUGUUACCAGGCUACCAGUGAAGGGAUAUCCAGCACACCAAUACCACAUGGGAAACACUCCACUAUCCACCACAGAGGCAGAGAAAGACCUGGGAGUGUAUGUUACCAGGCUACCAGUGAAGGGAUAUCCAGCACACCAAUACCACAUGGGAAACACUCCACUAUCCACCACAGAGGCAGAGAAAGACCUGGGAGUGUAUGUUACCAGGCUACCAGUGAAGGGAUAUCCAGCACACCAAUACCACAUGGGAAACACUCCACUAUCCACCACAGAGGCAGAGAAAGACCUGGGAGUGUAUGUUACCAGGCUACCAGUGAAGGGAUAUCCAGCACACCAAUACCACAUGGGAAACACUCCACUAUCCACCACAGAGGCAGAGAAAGACCUGGGAGUGUAUGUUACCAGGCUACCAGUGAAGGGAUAUCCAGCACACCAAUACCACAUGGGAAACACUCCACUAUCCACCACAGAGGCAGAGAAAGACCUGGGAGUGUAUGUUACCAGGCUACCAGUGAAGGGAUAUCCAGCACACCAAUACCACAUGGGAAACACUCCACUAUCCACCACAGAGGUAGAGAAAGACCUGGGAGUGUAUGUUACCAGGCUACCAGUGAAGGGAUAUCCAGCACACCAAUACCACAUGGGAAACACUCCACUAUCCACCACAGAGCCAGAGAAAGACCUGGGAGUGUAUGUUACCAGGCUACCAGUGAAGGGAUAUCCAGCACACCAAUACCACAUGGGAAACACUCCACUAUCCACCACAGAGGCAGAGAAAGACCUGGGAGUGUAUGUUACCAGGCUACCAGUGAAGGGAUAUCCAGCACACCAAUACCACAUGGGAAACACUCCACUAUCCACCACAGAGGCAGAGAAAGACCUGGGACUAUUAUGUUACCAGGAUACCAGUGAAGGGAUAUCCAGCACACCAAUACCACAUGGGAAACACUCCACUACCCACCACAGAGGCAGAGAAAGACCUGGGACUAUUAUGUUACCAGGAUACCAGUGAAAGCCAAAUCCAUGCCAAUUGCAGCGGACAG